AGUCAGUCAGUUUGAGAAAAGCGGGCAGAGUAGGAUUUCGUUGACCAAGUUCCUGUGCUCUUCUAGAACUGUAGCGAGUGUGCUGGGUGACGGACACACACAAGUACACACGCGAAACAAGAAGAAAAUUUUCAAGAAAAAGAAAGCCACAAGGCAAAAGUGUGUGUGUGUGUAUCUGUGGCGGGUGUGUAGUACUAUAUGUGUGUGAAAGGAAGAGAGAAAUGAGCGGGACUCGAAUUUCGACCAGACUCUCUCACCAUCAGACUCAACCAUGUGACUCGAUCGAGUUCAGUCGAGGCUCCGCUUAGGUCCCACUGGCUUAUUACAUCUUGUGGCCGUAAAAAGUGUAAACGAAAAACAAGUGACGUUUUUAUAGCUGAAGAACGUGAAAUCACGGCAACUUUGUUGAAUCAAAGAGAAAGAAAUUGGUGGUCAAUUAUUUAGUGGUCGAUCUCUUUAUUGCAACAUGAUUUUCCGCUACGUUUUGUUGAUCUUGUCUGCGUUCCAGUCGGUCCAACCGCACGGAUUACAAACGACAACAGUGAUGCCGUCAUGCUGUGCCACCGCCGUAACGGACGCGUGCCGGACUUUCUGCCAAAAAAUGGAUCAAACCCUUCUCCAUCCGGCUGAUCCCGAAUUGUUGGCCGAAAUGGCGUCACACUGUCCUCCGUCCAUGCAAGAAUCGUUCUGGAACUGUCUCAACAUCACCAUAGGACCAAAACACGAUGGAGAUUACCUAGGCCGACAAUGUUGUUCGUUAUCGCCUGUUCAUCGAUGCCAAACGGCCUGUCUCAGAGCCAAACAGUACUCUGAAGAUCUGGCUAACGAGUGCCGUAAGAGCGACAACAUGCAACUCUUCCAGUGCCUCAAUCUCAUCCGGGAAGGAGAAGAAUGUUGCAGUUUAUCGGCCGAUUCUCAAUGCCGUAAAGCAUGCUCCACUGUUUACAGCGCCACGGCGACAUCCGCUUCCGGAGCGGGCAUUAAUGGGACGCUGAGGCACGCGGCCAAUACGGCGUGCUCUCGGUCACACAACGUGCUGCAGUGCGCCAAAAAUCUGCUGAAAGUCGAUCGAUUACCCAUCAGCACUUCUACGUUACAGUGUUGCGAUAAGGGCAAAACGUUCCAGUGCCAGGAGACAUGCCGUUCGGCACUGAAAGCUGGCGAACCGGACGCUGUGGGCUUAAUGGUCAAGGAUUGCGGUGAGCUAUUACUCACCGAGCCACUUUGGAAAUGCUUUAUGAGCAAAUCACCUCCUUCUUCGCCUGAACGAAGCGCCAACAAUUAUGACCGUGCCAUCAACGAUAUCAGAAAUAAGCCAAGAAGUUUAAUCGAUCCGUCAAAGACAGCUGCGACGACCAUCACUGCAGCAACGGCGAUUCAGCGUAGCAGCUAUGACGCUGCUAAAUUAAGCUGUUGCGAUCGUGGUACUUUGCAAUGUUACCGUCUUUGUCGAACAGCCCACACCAAUGAAUUCUUUCCCGAAACGGUGGAAUUGGACGAGUGUGUCGCUCAGCCCAGUGAGGCUGCGUUGGCCACCUGCUUUGAAGAUGUCGACGAGCCUUGCCAACCGGGCUGUUCCAAUCUGUCCUUUUGCUCGAGUUUCAACAAUAGGCCACUGGAGCUAUUUCGCAAUUGUAAUCCCGAAGCAGAUGCUGCGGCUCAGAACGUCUUUCAAGAGUGGAUUCGUAUGACGCGCGUUGUGCUUCCAGGUUUAACGGGCAGGCAAGACGUGAAACUCUGGGGCCCUUCGACGUGUAUGAUGCCGCAGUGGAAAGCACUAGCUUGUGCUCUUCAAUUUAAACCCUGUCGACGAAACAUGUUAAAGACUGCAAUUUGCUGGAAUUCGUGCAUUAAAUUGCUUAGCGGAUGCAUGACACAAUACAAUGCCACGCUGGCCGUCGAGUUGUGUAAUCGGCUGACGCCAGAGUCUUUCACGGGAGCCUGCAUUAGCUUAGAAGAUUAUCUAGCGCCCCAACCUAAGACAGUCGCCGUCGUGGCACCGUGUCGUUACAACACCUGUCGAACGGACCAGGUCUGCGUUGUUGAUCAACGCAGCUCCAAUGGCUAUUCUUGCCUGCCAGGUUGUCAAUUCGGAGACCGAUCAAAAUUGUUGGGCUUCCCAAAAUCCUGGGUCCAACUGCCUACACCUUCAACUUCUUGCUAUUACAAUAGCUGUAACGAAGUGUGCUACUGUAACGGGAAAGGUGAAUUACAGCAAUGCCAUACACCGCCCUUGCAGCCUUUUGAAGCUUGUAGGGUAGGCCAACAACAAUUCGUACAUGGGACCCGAUUGCAAAAUGAUUGCAAUCAAUGUAUCUGCCACUAUGGGGAGUUGAUUUGCACACGUUACCGAUGUGACAACUCUUCCGGUAUCAGCGCCGUGAUUUGGAGCUGCCCACUUCAGCCCAAUCCGGUGUGUACCAGCUCUGGCAAACGAUUCCUAAAUACUUGUGUAGCGCAAUGGCAUGGAACGGCUGUCGAGCCUUUAGAACAUUGCCCACAUGAAGGACCUGACGGUUUCUUUGCACCGGAAUGCUACACAGUUAUCCAGCUGGUCUACAGUCAGAAACAAAUCGAUCGCUUGAGCCGCAGCACAAAUAAGUCAACAAUCUUUUCAGCCAGCCUAGUGGAACAAUCGCUUCGUUACUUGCUAGCUUAUUCGCACUGCCAUGUCAGCGUUUUCCAAAGUGUUGAUGGAGAACUGCUUGCCGUCAUUCAUUCUCAGAUGCACUGUGCCAGUUGCAGUGCCGAAGCUGAGAAACUUGUCAUGCUCUUUGAUACCCGCAGCCCUCAGGUUACUUUAAACGUUCAGCUUGACGUCAUUCUACUGGCAGAGGUAGUCCAGUUCGUCCAGCUUCAUCCUUCUCACACCCACACGCUGAGCAGUGGCGGUGGUGGUAGGGGUGGCAUUUUCGCACAUCGUGUUCAAUCCAUCUAUAGCAUUCCUUUUUUCCUCAGCGUGCUGAGAUUUAUUUAAGAGCAAGCAUCGUAUUUACAGAAUGAAUUUUCUCCGCUACUGAGCAGCAUCAUGUUAAGAAUCAUCGCCACGAUAGUCCUCUGUGUAAACGUCUAUGCAGAAAGGAUUGCUGUCUAAUUUCCUGAUGGGCAUCACACUAUUUGGAUUCAUUAUAUUAUCAGCUACAAUCCACUGGAAGUCCUGUAUUAAUGUAAUAUCAAUUUGUAUAUAGUUUCUGUAAAGAAAAACUAUUUCUAAAUUUUCAUCUAUAUUAGUUAUCUUACCUCGGUAGACUGCCUUUCGAGCAUCUUGUCAUAAGCCACGUUCCUUGUGUGGAUUUCGAACGCGAAUGUACAGUUCUCUCUAUCGUAAUGGGUUUCGGAACCCAAUCUCUGGCUCAUUGUAAGCCAUAUUGCUGUUGCUUGUUGUCGGAUUUCAGUCACAUUCAACGUAACUUUUCCACUGUAUCAAUAAAUAUGUUGUAUCAUA